AUGCAAUCUUCAUCGACGUCCUUCAAUAACAGAAAUUCAUCCUUUGAUGAAUUUGGAGCUUAUGGGCUGGCUUUGGAUAAUGCUAUGGAUCACGAUGAGUUCUCUCCUCCUUUGACCAUAACAGAGGACUCCUCUGUUAUAAUCUCAAGAAUUCCAACCACUUUCCCUGAUAAUUUUAUGGACUUUCCAGUUAUCACAUUACCGGAGAUUGAUUUUUCAAUAGCUUUGGAGGAUUUUGAGAUUGAAAACAUGUUUGAAUCUUCGGAGGAGAGAGAGAAAAGUUUUCUUUCUCAACAGUUCUUGAUUGAUGGAGAAGAUGGAUGGAGCCUUAGCUCACCGAUGAAAUCAAGUGACACAACAAUGGACAUGUCAUUGAACGAGGCAUCACUAACUUUGCCUACCGAGGACAUGGAGCUUGACAAUCAAGAAAGUCUAAUUCAUCUAGUCAAGGCUUAUGGAGAAGCCAUAGAUGAAGAACAUACAGAGCUCGCUGAGGCGAUCAUGAAAUGCAUAAGUGAGAAGGUAAGCCCAGUCGGUGGAGUCGUGGAACGCCUUUUGUAUUACUUGUUCCAAUCCUUGGACAAGCAAGCUGGCUAUCUCAAGCAAGAGUCUAGCAAGAACUUCCUUGCUGCUUUUAAGGCGUUCUACCAAAUUUUCCCGUAUGGGAAGUUUGCUCAUUCUGCAGCCAACCAAGCAAUCAUCGAAGCCAUGCCUCACGAUGUGGAGGUCAUACACAUCAUUGACUGUGAUAUGGGAGAAGGGAUUCAGUGGUCUUCAAUGAUUGAGGCCCUCGGAUAUCAACAAAGGGAGAUCAGGUUGACAUCAAUAAAAUGGAGCGAGGAUGAUUCUAAUGGUGAUCCCUCACUAUGGAGGUUCGAGGAGACAAAGCGAUGGCUAUAUGAUCAUGCUCGAUCUUUUGGCCUAAAGUUGACAGUGGAUAACAUGGAACUGCAUGAUUUGGCGACAGAGAUAAAGAAAGUGAAGCAAAAAGGAGGGAGAAGAGAAUGGUUAGCCUUUAAUUGCAUGGUAGGGCUUCCCCAUAUGGGGAGGAUGAGAAGUAGGAGGGCUGUAUCAAAAUUUCUAAGUGUGGCCAAGGAAUUGCUAGCAUAUACUGCAAAUUAUGAUUAUAAUAAUAUGGGGAUUGUAACUGUGGGUGAUGGAGAUGCUUGGGUAACAUCAAAAAGUUCCUCUAGUUUUGGGUCUUUUUUGGAUGGUCAUUUGGUACAUUACCAAGCUUUAUUAGAAUCAAUAGAGUGGGCUUUGCCAAUUCAUCUUGGACAAUCAAGAACUAUCUUGGAAUGUCUCUUUGUGGCACCUUUGAUAUCUUCAAUUUCAUGUAGUCAAAAAUGGGAGAUGAGUUGUUGUGAUCGCUCGGGGUUAGGGUUAGGGUUAGAGGGUUGGCGAGUGAGUGAACGGAGCUUAAUGGAAGUUGAGGAAAUGGUGAGAGAUGGGGAGAAUCUAUAUGGGGUGAGGAUUGAAGAAAUAUUAACUAUCACUGAUGCUGUUGCUACUGCUAAUGUUGGUGGGGAUCUGAACCCCGGAGCAACUGGGUUGCCAACCCCUACAGUUGUGACCUCUGUGGUCAACUCUGGCAUUACUCCGGCUGUUCCGGCAGGACCACUUAGUCACCAUGAGCGCCCAAAAAAGUUUACUGGGGAAAACUUUAAGAGAUGA